GUGGCCUGUUUCCCCAAAAAGGGGCGUGGCCGAGCAGGGGGGAAAAAGGUGAGGUCCUGGAGAAGAAAGGGGGAAAGGUGCUCUCUGGGCUUGCUGCUGGCUCUUGCCCUCUCCCCCUUUCCCUUGGCUUUGCUGGCGUCAGGGCUUUGGGGUCCCCCCUCCCCUCUCCUUUUGGAAGGAAGGGAGACAAAGGCAAGCCUGUGCUCCUGGGACAAAGGGAUCGAGUGGAUCUGUUCCUCCAUGGCUGCGGCCUCGAGAGCGAGCCACGUCUCCCGGAAACGGGCCCCCUGGAUCCUCCUCUUCUUGCAGGUGCCUUCCUUUGCUGAGGCUUCCUGCACAAGCCGGCAGGAGUGUGCUUUGGGAACCAGCUGGACCAGUUUGUGGUAUGUCUGGCUCAUCCUGCUGGCUGUGUUCCUGUUGCUGAUGUGUGGCAUUGGCGCCAGCUGCGUCAAGUUCUGUUGCCGUAAGAAGAGGCCUCCGAUGCAGCCGUUUCCCCCGCACGCCCACGACCCCACCAUCGUCCCCAUGGACCAUGACAGUACGGCCCACAGCACCGUCACUUCGUACAGCUCGGUGCAGUAUCCCGGGAGCUUCCCGCUUCCUUUUCCCUUCCGAGAGGCGGACAGGGGCAUGUCCAGCCCUCCGGCCUACAGCCUCUACGCCAUCGAAAUGCCGCCGUCCUACGACGAGGCCGUCCGGAUGGCCAAGCCUUCCGUCGAGACCCUGUUUGUAGGCCAGAAGACGGGUGGCGAGGCCACCGAACCCGCCACACCCGAGGAAGCGCACGAACCAAGUAGCCCCGAGGCCACGGCAGGAAGCUCCGACGUUGUGGACGCUUCCACGCAAGGCCAGUCGCAGCCCUAGUCCGGGACGGCUGACAAUGUGACUUCUCUAGACUCAAAACGAGAGCGAGGUCUCUCCUGCCUGGCCCGUCGCAUGGAAAGAAUGCCUCCUCAGAUUGGAGAGAACUUUCCGUUGACAUUUGAGAUGGUCCAAAUGGAAGGCUGGGUUAAAAAUAAGACUCUCCGUGGACGGGAAAUUCUUGAUGUCGGUUGUUUAUUGCGCUGGAUUGACACAGCAACAGAGAGACCUACGCUCUCGAGACCUACAAGGCUCACUUGAAGCACCAUAACUCCCAGUAUGAGCCUGUCGUUGUCUUGAGAUGUGCUGGGAACAUGGUAGAGGGCCUUCAAGGCUCACUUGAAGCAUUAUAAUUUCCAAUAUGGGCCUGUCAUUGACAUACUGGGAACAUGAAAGAGGGCCUUCAAGGUUGACUUGAAGCACCAUAACUCCCUGUAUGAGCCUGUCGUUGACAUACUGGGAACGUGGAAGAGGGCCUUCAAGGCUCACUUGAAGCACCAUAACUCCCAGUAUGAGCUUGUCGUUGUCUUGAGACAUGCUGGGAACAUGGUAGAGGGCCUCCAAGGUCUCACUUGAAGCACCAUAACCCCCAGUAUGAGCCUGUCGUUGACAUACUGGGAACGUGGAAGAGGGCCUUCAAGGCUGACUUGAAGCACCAUAACUCCCUGUAUGAGCCUGUCGUUGACAUACUGGGAACGUGGAAGAGGGCCUUCAAGGCUCACUUGAAGCACCAUAACUCCCAGUAUGAGCCUCUUGUUGUCUUGAGACAUGCUGGGAACAUGGAAGACGGUCUUCAAGGCUCACUUGAAGCACCAUAACUCCCAGUAUGAGUCUGUCGUUGUCUUGAGACAUACUGGGAGCGUGGUAGAGGGCCUUCAAGGCUCGCUUGAAGGACCAUAACUCACAGUAUGAGCCUCUUGUUGUCUUGAGUCAUACUGAGAACAUGGAAGAGAGCUUUCAAGGCUCACUUGAAGCACCAUAACUCCCAGUAUGAGCCUGUUGUUGUCUUGAGACAUACUGGGAACGUGGUAGAGGGCCUUCAAGGCUCGCUUGAAGGACCAUAACUCACAGUAUGAGCCUCUUGUUGUCUUGAGUCAUACUGAGAACAUGGAAGAGAGCUUUCAAGGCUCACUUGAAGCACCAUAACUCCCAGUAUGACCUGUUGUUGUCUUGAGACAUACUGGGAACGUGGAAGAGGGCCUUCAAGGCCCGCUUGAAGCACCAUAACUCCCAGUAUGAGCCUCUCGUUGUCUUGAGACAUGCUGGGAACGUGGAAGAGGGCCUUCAAGGCUCACUUGGAGCACCAUAACUCCCAGUAUGAGCCUGUCGUCUUGAGACAUACUGGGAACAUGGUAGAGGGCCUUCAAGGCUCGCUUGAAGUACCAUAACUCACAGUAUGAGCCUCUCGUUGUCUUGAGACAUACUGGGAAUGUAGAAGAGGGCCUUCAAGGUUCACUUGAAGCACCAUUACUCCCAGUAUAAGCCUGUUAUCGUCUUGAGACAUACUGGGAACGUGGCAGAGGGCCUUCUUGGUGCUGCUUUUGUCUCAAAGAGGCAGAAGAAGACCGAGAGCACACAACCGUGUCUCCUCCAAAGACGUGUCCAGCAAAGUGCUGAAGGAUCGGAUUCGUUGCUAUGUAACGGCCAAAGUCCUUUGACUCCAAAGGUCAUAUUAAUGCGCUUUGUUGUGUCGAUGUGUUGACAUUCCCCUGCUCAUUGAAAGACUGCGUUUUGUUUGCAAACCACUUCUGUCCAAGUUGGGAGAUGUUUCCCCUUUUCCGUGGCGAGAAAUGGCUGCACCUUGUUUGAAAUGUAAAUACAUGCAUGUGUCAGAAUGCAGCAAACAUGUUGUUUCUGGAUUUCAGGUGCUCACAAACACUACAAAGAAAGGCCUGUUGUGGUUUUUGAACUACGGUA